AUGGACUUGGCAGGGUUUUGUAACACUUCGGACUUGUCAAACACGGAAAGUGGUAAACAAUUCGUUUCUGUUUCCUGCGACCCUUAUUCUAUCUCCCGUAUUCUUAACGAAAGUGGCGAGUCCUCCCAGAAUAAAGUUAGCACCAAUAGUAGUAAUGAACAGCUUGGACAAAUUUUCUUAUCAGCAGAAAAUGAAAUCCCACAUUCAAAUAAGCAAGAUUCUGGUCUAGAUUCAAUUGAAGUAAAUGAUAAUUCGGUACUGCGAUUUCCUUCAAAUAAUUUGAAUACUUUACAAUCCAUCUAUCAAACGGUUACGGAACAAGAUCACUUAUCAAAUAAUAAAAACUUUUCAAGACAUACAACAAUGACGUUAAAAGAUGAUAUGACCAUAUUUGAUACAGAUCGAUAUUUACUAAAGUUAGAAGCUUCACAUACCAAUGUAGAUAGCGCAGUGGCUCGCUGUUUUUCAACUCCGAAGGUUACGGAAAAGUUGCAGUUUGAAAGUAAGACGGGUUCAUUUGUUAGACCUAAACGAAAAACUAUGAAUUUGGGUAAAAAAUUAGGACCACCUCAAAGAGUUAAAAUAAACGAGGAUCCAGAAGAAAAGAGGUCACAUGAAGUAAAUGAGGAACCAUAUCGUUUGAAGACCUCAGAUAGAAAAGAUCAAAUUUUACCACAAAAAAUUAAAAAGAGUGUAUCAUUUAAUGUUAAUUCAAGUAACGAGAUAAAAGAGAUUGAUAAGAAUGAUAGGCCAGAAUGUCAAUUACGAGGUAACUCCUUGAUCUAUCAGAAGGAAAAUGAUAAAAAGAAUUUCAUUAAAGAAUCUACAAGUGAAAAUCAUGGAAAUCAAUUACUAAUACAACCACAUCAUAGAGCAUGGCUGAAUGAAACAUCGUAUAAUAUCUUAGAACGUAUUGGUCGUGGUGGAAGUAGUAAAGUAUAUAAAGUUUCUGAUUCAAAUGGUCAAAUUUAUGCUUUAAAAAAGGUUUCCUUUCGAGGGGUAGACCAACAAGCCAUUUCAGGCUAUAUAAGCGAAAUUGAAUUAUUGAAAAAGCUGGCAGGACGAAAAGGCAUUAUUAAGUUAUAUGAUUCUGAAAUUAAUCGCGAACAAGGAUAUUUGUUAAUGUUGAUGGAAUGUGGAGAUAUCGAUUUUGCACAUUUACUAAAUAAUCAAAGCGACAAACCUAUAAAAAUAGAUUUCAUUCGAUCUUAUUGGAGACAGAUGCUCGAAGCUGUAUAUACAAUUCAUUUAGAAAAAAUCAUUCAUUCGGAUUUAAAACCAGCCAACUUUAUCGUAAAUGGGGAUAAUCUAAAAUUAAUUGAUUUUGGUAUAGCUAAAACUAUACCAAAUGAUACAACAAAUAUUCAUCGAGAACAACAGGUUGGUACAAUAAAUUAUAUGUCGCCUGAAGCUAUUCUUGAUACAAAUUCAUCUUCCGGAGCAGGCCGAAAAUUGAUGAAGCUAGGACGCCCCAGUGAUGUUUGGUCUUUGGGUUGCAUUUUAUAUCAAAUGGUAUAUGGAAAACCUCCAUUUUCCCAUUUAUCAAUGAUACAAAAGAUCAAAUGCAUUACUGAUUUUAACUAUCAAAUCGAUUUUCCACCCACUACGAGUUUAAUAACCAAGUAUUAUAAUUCACAAGAUGAAAGAAUGUCAAAACAAAAUAUUGAUGUUCAAACUGUUCCGGUUGAUGAAAAACUUUUGAAAAUUAUGAAAAGUUGUCUACAAAGGAAUCCUAAGGAACGCAUGACAAUUCCAGCAUUAUUGACAGAUCCGUUUUUAAAUGAUUCACUGGAAUCAAUAUCUCCUCCAAUAUUAGAUUGCCUUCUCCGUGAAGUGAUCAAAUAUACUCAAAAGACAAAUAUCACUCAGAAUUCACAUGAGAAAAUAACUGAAAUUACCAAGGCAAUUUUCACACAACUAAGAAACAAAGAAUCCAUAAAUUGUGAAAAAUGGGACAAUUUAUGA